AUGGCCAAGCGACGGCUGAACCCGGACGAGAUUCGAGCAGCCGUGGAGGCGGGACCGCCCCCCCACUCAGUCAACUACGAGACCGACAAAAAAUGGCAUGCCGAGCAGAAUCGCUGGCUUGCCAAAUGGACCGAACGCCGGCUCCCCCCCGACAGCGGCGACAGCGGGAGCAGCCGGCGGGACCAGUGGCGCGAUCGAAAGCAGCAGCAUGCACGGCUGCUGCGGGCGGUGGAGAAGGAGCCAUCUGCCUCCCUGAAGCGCCAGCGCAAGGCCGCAGCGACACCUGCCGUGACACAUAGCGGCCGUGCCCAGCGGGCGCUCGCUAGGGCGCUCGCGCAGGGCGGGCACGGUGAUGGGAGAAGGCGCCGCGGCACGGCGGAUCCGGCGGCCUCCAUCCCUGCCUCGCUCGGGAGCUGCGUCGCGGUCUCGCUGCAGGAGCUGUGGUUGUCCGACAACCAGCUCACCGGCUCCAUCCCGGACUCGCUCGGGAGCUGCGUCUCGCUGCAGGAGCUGUGGCUGGGCUUGGAGAACAACCAGCUCACCGGCUCCAUCCCGGACUCGCUCGGGAGCUGCGUCUCGCUGCAGGACCUGCGCUUGGAGAACAACCAGCUCACCGGCUCCAUCCCGGACUCGCUCGGGAGCUGCGUCUCGCUGCAGGAGCUGGGCUUGAACGACAACCAGCUCACCGGCUCCAUCCCGGACUCGCUCGGGAGCUGCGUCUCGCUGCAGGAGCUGGGCUUCAACGACAACCAGCUCACCGGCUCCAUCCCUGCCUCGCUCGGGAGCUGUGUUUCGGCCAGAGUCACCGCGAAAGUCACCGGUAUCAACCUGCACGCCUUGCAUAAUGCUACUUAG